AUGGAUGAUGAUGAUAAUCAACUAUCUAUUCUCACCAGUCGAAAGAAAUACGCUGUUUUCAUUAGCUUCAGAGGAGAAGACACCCGCUCUAGUUUUACCAGUCAUCUCUACAAAGCACUCAUCAGCAACGGAAUCGAAACCUACAUCGAUGACAGACUUGAACGAGGAGAUCAGAUCUCCAAAGCUCUUCUACACGCCAUAGAUGACUCUAGAUUUUCUCUAGUUAUUUUCUCCAAAAAUUAUGCUUCUUCUUCAUGGUGCUUGGAUGAACUGGUUCAUAUCAUCAAACGCAUGGAGAAGAAGAAACAGAUUGUUCUGCCUGUGUUUUACCACGUCGAUCCAUCGGAUGUGCGCAGCCAAAAGGGAAGCUAUGCAGAUGCGUUUGUGAAACGUAAAAAAAGUUACAGUGAUUCUAUCAUACAACAAUGGAGGCGCGCUUUGACUACAGCAUCUAAUCUUUCAGGAUGGCAUGUGUCGAAUACCAGGUUCUCUUUCUCCAACUUCACUAGUACUACUGUUAUACACUGUAAUAUUUCAAUUAAUACUCCAUUAUUAGGAGCUAAUAUAUCUAGGAAUGAUGCUGAGUUAGUUGAUGAAAUUGUCAACUAUAUUCGAGGAAAAUUGAGAUACACAUCCUCCUCAACUAGUAACUUAAAGCAAGGAUUGGUUGGAAUUGAUAAGUCUAUACAAGAUCUCUGUAGGUUGCUAUCAAAUGCUCCUAUUGUAGGGAUUUGUGGCAUGGGUGGGUUGGGUAAGACCACCUUAGCUGAAGUCGUGUUCGAACAAUUUCGUCACCAGUUUGAUGGUCAUUGUUUUCUACGAAAUGUUAAAGAAGUAGUCAAAAAACAUGGAUCGACUUAUUUGGCACAAGAAUUUUUUGGAAGACUACUAUCCAAUAAGGGAAAAUAUAUAGACUUGGAAGAUUUGGAUAUUGAAAAGGAAAGACUAUAUCAUAAAAAGUUACUCAUUGUUCUUGACGAUAUAGAGAAUAUAAGUGAACAUGAUUCUUUACUUAGAGAUAGUCGUGUUUGGUUGAAUUCUGAAAGUAAAGUUAUCAUAACAAGUAGAAAUCUACAAGUGCUUCGGAAUAUUAUUGGAGAUGACGAAAAGUUGAUAUACAACCUAAAGCUACUCGAUGAAGAUGAAGCUCUCGAACUCUUCUAUUUGCAUGCCUUGAAAAAGAACAAAAUUGCUCGAGAAAGUUGUACAGAAAUUUCAAGAGAGUUGGUGAAUUAUGCUCAAGGCCUUCCUCUUGCUCUUAUAGUUUUAGGUCGUCAUCUAUAUUCAAAGAGAGAAGAAGUGUGGCAGAGCUUGUUGAUGAAGCUGAAAGUAGAACCAGAUGAAAGUUUUCUACAAGUGCUAAAGAUGAGUUUCGAUGGAUUGGAUGUUAAGGAGAAGAACAUAUUUCUUGAUAUAGCAUGUUUUUUUCGAGGUGAGAAAAAAUAUUAUGUGAAGGAAAUUUUGGAUGAUUGUGGUUGUUUUGACAUUGUUAUUGAAGUUCUUGUUGAUAAGUGUUUGAUAACUAUAUGUGAGGGUAGACUUCAAAUGCAUGAUUUGUUGAAAGAAAUGGGUUGGUCAAUUGCUCGUGGAUUGAAUAAUAGGCUAUGGAUUGCCAAAGAUAUUUGCCAUGUCUUAAGAAGUAACUCGGACCAGGAUGUUAAAACAUUAAAAUAUGUCAUUCUUUCUCACUCCAAGAAGCUGACUUGUCUCCCAGAUCUCUCUCAAGCAAAUCUUCAAUUGCUACGCUUACAUGGUUGUACAAGUUUACUUGAGCUUCCUCCGAUAAGAUUUCACAAUGCUCAUGACAUUAUUAAUGCAGAAAAUGAAUCAGAAGUAAUGUACAAAUAUCACAAUUUAAUGCUACAACUUAUAAACUAUAUGAAGCUCAUGAUGAUGAACCCUUUGUUAAACGCCCAAAACCUGGAGAAUUGA